CCUCAUAAAGUUAUCAUGUAUAUCGCAGAAUAGUUACUACUAUUUUACUCUUUAUUAAACAGUACAAUAUUUUAUGUAUCAGACUUACAGAUGUAUCAUAUAAUUGAAUGUGAUCAAUCAUCAUUUUACAAUAAACUCUGGCGUAUUAUUGAUAUUAAGUUUCCUAUUAUUUCAUUGAAAUUUUAAUUUAAAACCAAACGAUGUAAAAAGUGUUAACCUGAAAGCUUCACCUUGUAAUUUAAACUGCCACUUAAUGCUCCAGCUAUCACUUACAUAAUAAACAAGGGUCUAGUAUCCCUGGAAGCGUGUUGCUAUGGUAACCGUACUGUUACCAUGGGAUUGUGACAGUGUUCCUGGAUCUGAUAUAUAGUUUCUUGUAGUCACGUGAUGCCAGUAUGUGUAACCAUAGGCUAGGGACCUGGUUGAUUUCAGGCAGUGGUUUUCAAUCUCUUUCUCAAAAUUUAAUACUGCCCUCCAUUAUUCUGCUUUGUGUUCUAUACUACGUACUACAUUCUAUCAAUAUGAUGCUGACUGAUUGCUUUGCUUCAUGUACCGAAGGUAACAUGCUCCACGCACUCCGAGAGUACUCCAAGAAGUUGUUGAUUGUCCGGCCUAAUGCUCGAACUCGGCUCGAGAUAUUGAGGGGUUUGUUAGAGUUUAUGAAGAGACCUGACGUUAUUCGUGAGUUGUUAACAAGAGAAUUCUGCGACCUACUGAAGGCGGUGUGGAACUACACUAGGUCAGAUGACGGGCACACACUGACCUAUGUCAGGAACUCCGGCUCUCUUAAGUUCCAGCUCCAUGUGGUGUGUCUCCGUAUCCUGGAUAUGGUACUGGAGCAUGAUACUGUGAUGUUUCUUAGUCUCAAUAUCAUCCAUACCGAGGAACUAAGCAGACUGUUGGAUCUAGUGGACGCUAAGAACAAGCACGUGUACUGUUGCCUUGACAACCUGACCACCACCUGGUCCAAACAACAAACUGCAACUGCUCACCAGCACCUUUCUGGGAACACAUUCGGGAUGCUGAGAAAGAAGAUAUCGAAUAAAAAGACGAGAUACGGGGAGUUACUUGAGGUGGUGCUGACUACUGAACAUGGUAACAUGCUGGUAUCAGAACUGCUGUUUUCUCACAACAUCUGCUCAGUUCCGCACUUUAGAUCUUACAGUCCAGACUCACUACACACUGAUGCUAUCUUAGACACUUGCCGGAUAAGCCAGGUGAUAUCACCACAAUAUGUGUGGAUACAGUUUGAAGAGGACUGGGGCACGUUAGACAAGAUCCAACAAGAGUUGAACAAGCCCAGCUUUGAGCUGAUGCCCCUGCCAAGCGAUUACACAGACGAGGAUGUAAUAGUGAGACUCUCGGUGACUGGGUUCACUUUCAGAGCUAGGAUUCUUGAGGGAUCCACAGCAUUAGGAGGUGAACCAGCCGAAGUGCUCGCUAUUGACUUUGGAUGGACUUGUACCGUGCCCAAGAAGGAUAUUUACCAGAAAAGGAGGGUGCUAGGUAAAAGUCACGAUUACAAUAUCGCUUGUCUUUGCAAACUAGCUGAUGUUAUCCCCACGGAAUCAAACGACAAAGCUCUCAUUUUAGGAAGCCUAAAAGUGCUCCACAGAAUAACUCAGAACUUGACCUUUGCAACAGCAGCGUUCUCUAAUCCCGCCCACCAGACUCUCCUCCUCUCUCUUCUCUACAAUUCUCACGAUCUAGACACUGCACGACACGUGCUCUACGUGCUAGCUAACGCUGCUGCGGACAGGCAGAUCGGGCCGCGCACUCCUCGACCCUGUCACAGCGCACGUGGGCCAGUAUAUGGAGUGUGCAGACGUGAUGCGCCCUGUUAUGUUGUUUUACAUGACUGUAGUGGGGAAGAACUUGAAGGUUGUUCAAAAGUUGGCAGAGGGCCCAGGGAUGGGCCUCAUUAUGAAGAUAUUCAGUGAACACCAAAAGGAUGAAGUGAUUAAAGCACAUUUUGUAGACAUUGCCAGGGAGGUGUUCAAGGGAUAUGAGAUAUCUGAAGAGAAAGCUGAGACUCCCAAUAAUAGCUCGUCACUUCCACUCGUAUCUUCAGCUCCCAGAGUACGACCUCCUUACAAUCCAGGAGCAAUACCCGACUUUAAACAGAAGUUCAGUCAAGGUGAGGAACUGAGGAAUUACAAGAUUUACAUGGGCGAGAAAUGUGCGUUUGUGCAGCAUGCGAACAAUGCUCGCUACAGAAUGAGAUAGCUAAAGAAUUGAUUUCAAUGUUGAACCACAAAGGAGGAGAUAUUUUUGUUGGAGUCGUGCCAGACGAAAAAGGGACUAUUAUGGGAUUAAAGCUUGACAGAAAGAUGAGUGACGAUAUUAACCUUCUUAUCGAUGACAUCAUGACUGAUAAAGAAAUUCUAAAGCGAACCAACGGAUCACUUACCAUUCCUCCAUCGUUGGUAGAAGUAAAAUUCGAGGAGAUAAACAACACUUUCAAUCAGAAAUUGGAUUUCAAAGAGGAAUUACACAUCGCCAUAAUAUCAGUCAAACCAUUAGGACCAUCAAGUGGGUUGGUGAUGUUUAAUGUCACUAGUGACAGGGCUAGUGUGGACUAUGACCCGUCUCAGUAUGAGUGGAAGUUCUACGGCAGGAACAGCCAGGGUAAGUGUGAUAUGAGUGUGAAUGAUGUGAGACAAAGAGUUGCUAACAUUGGGUUAUUGUAGUGUAUUGUGGUGUGUUAUACUGUUUAUUUAACUCACUGGCUGAUUAUUGUUUACUGGCUCCUUGUGAAUAUAGUUUGGAGCACUGAGUACUGUUACUCUGUACUACUGUAGGUAUGUAAGAACGAAGGGUUAUUGAGUUUCAGGACUGGUAUUUCAGAGGUUAGAUUGUUGUUUGUAUUUCUGUUUCUUUUAAGUUUUAUCUCAGUCAAAUAUUUUAUAUUUGUUGUAAAUCCGAAGUUUUUAAAAGUCAAGUGCGGGUGAAUAUUUAUUGCAAAGUUCUGGUUAAAAACAUUUUUACGAUUACUUCCGUUGGUAUCAGGUUAACUUUCUGUUUCACCUUUGUGGUACGUUCAAUUCUGAUGUUAAUAGAUUUAUUGACAGUAAAAUAGCUAUGUGUUUCGUUAGCACUGCAAAAUCUGGUUUCUUGAUUAUUUCUGUUUUGAGAAUAUCUGACUAUAUAUUCUGUUUAAUGUUUAAAUUUUUAUUCUUUUAAUAAUGACAUGAUGUGCUUCUUUGAUUCUCAUUUGAUAAAAUGUUCACAAAUAUCUAAACGAAUUUCAAGUACAAAACUUAUUAUAGUAAGUCGGAUCUAUAUUUCUAAUUUUAAGUUUGAGUCUGCUCUGCAUGGUAAAGUAUCCAUAUUUCUAUAUGUUUCAAUCAAGUGUAAAUGUAAUUAACUGUUAACUAUCAA